AUGGCAGAGCAGGCCACCCAAGUCGUUGUGGCUUCGCACAACCCCGUCAAGAUCUCAGCCGCAAGGGAGGGCUUCAGCGGCAUGUUUCCCUCUCAGCCAUUCUCCUUCACCGGGCUGAACGUGCCGUCUGGCGUUGCUGACCAGCCUAUGACGGACGCGGAAACCCUGCAGGGAGCCAGGAAUCGAGCUCGCAACGCCCGCGAAGCAAAGCCAGACGCCGACUACUGGGUUGGCAUCGAGGGCGGUGUAGACGACAGUGGAGAUGCCAUGGAAACAUUUGCCUGGGUUGUUGUGCUGGGCAAGCAAUCCGAAUCAGCAGCUGAAUCUACCACCAAGUCCGAGAGGAUGGGCCGGGCUCGCACAGCAGCAUUCUUCCAGCCAGAAGAAGUAGCGAGGCUAGUGCGCAGUGGCAUGGAGUUGGGACCAGCAGGCGAUCAGGUGUUUGGCAGCGAAAACUCGAGGCAGCACAGCGGAUCAAUAGGGCUGCUGACUGGAGAUUUAAUCAAUCGGUCUGCAUACUACGUGCCAGCGGUGAUUGGGGCGCUGAUUCCAUUUCGAAAUUCGACUCUGACAUUUGCUCAAUUUUGA